CGCGCCCCGCCCGCGGGCGGAAGCGAGAGCGAGGCUGAACGCCUGACGUCAAGGCGACACCGCCAAACCUCGCCCAGAGUCAGGCGUGUAAAGCAGCCCGAGCGGCGGCAGCGGCAUCGGCGACGGCAGGUCUGCCGUGGCGCCGGGAGUAGCGACCCGGAGGAAGCGCGGGGCGCCGCUGGCUGCGGGGACCCGGUGACAGCGUGAGAGGUACUAAGUUUGACAGGUUUGCAUCAUGCGUGAGUAUAAGCUAGUCGUUCUUGGCUCAGGAGGUGUUGGAAAGUCUGCUCUGACUGUACAAUUUGUUCAAGGAAUUUUUGUUGAAAAAUAUGAUCCUACGAUAGAAGAUUCUUAUAGAAAGCAAGUUGAAGUAGAUGCACAACAGUGUAUGCUUGAAAUCUUGGAUACUGCAGGAACGGAACAAUUUACAGCAAUGAGGGAUUUAUACAUGAAAAAUGGACAAGGCUUUGCAUUAGUUUAUUCCAUCACAGCACAGUCCACAUUUAAUGACUUGCAAGAUCUGAGAGAACAGAUUCUUCGAGUUAAAGACACUGAUGAUGUUCCAAUGAUUCUGGUUGGUAAUAAGUGUGACUUGGAAGAUGAAAGAGUUGUAGGAAAGGAACAAGGUCAAAAUCUAGCAAGACAAUGGAACAACUGUGCAUUCUUAGAAUCUUCUGCAAAAUCAAAAAUAAAUGUUAAUGAGAUCUUUUAUGACCUAGUGCGGCAAAUUAACAGAAAAACUCCAGUGCCUGGGAAGCCUCGCAAAAAGUCAUCAUGUCAGCUACUUUAAUAUACAAAAUGCAUUGUAGCUCUGAGCCAGGUCUGAAGAACUGUUGCCCAAUUCAACAGUGCCAGCAUUCCAACUUUGUUAAACCUACCAACAUCUUAAAUGGACUUUCCUGUGGUGGUACCCUUUAAGAGGCGGAUGAAAGCUACUAUAUCAGUUUGCACAUUCUAAUCACUUUCCAGUAUCACAAGAGAGAUUUUUACUUAUAUAAUAGUCCUAGAGUAUGCAGCUGGUAAAACCAGAGGCUACAUCCAGUAUUACUGCUAAGAGACAUUCUUCAUCCACCAAUGUUGUACAUGUAUGAAAAUGGUGUACUGUAUACUUUAACAUACCCCACACUUUGUAUUGGAGAGUACAAUAAUGUAAAUCCUAAAAGCACCACUAUUUUAGCAUAAUAAAAGAAAGUCCAAAGAGCUCCUAUAUAGACUACUCCAGAUAACUUCGCUUCUUUGAUACUUGUAGCUUAUUGUAAUUUUUUUUAAGAAAUUCAAGGUCAUUAUCAUUGUAUUGUACAAAAUAAGCGCUUUGAUUAACACAGCUGUAUAGUUUUUUUAAUUUUUAAAAAACCUGUGGAGACAGUGAUCUUGUCUUUAAAAUAUGAUAGUCCUUUCAGUAUAAUGUCUUAGAUUAAAGACGUUGCCUUUAAUAUCUGUUGGGAAGGAAAUGUCCAGACUUUUCAAAUCUCUUAUUAUGUUUCCUUUUUUGUUUACAUAGGGAACAAUGUUUAUAGUUGUGUGUACAGUGGGGGUCUACAACAAGAAGUGUAUAUUUUCAAACAAUUUUUUAAUGAUUUAACAAUUUUUGUAAAUCAUUUUCAGGCUUCUGCAGCUGUAGAUUCUCACUGUGAAUCCCUUGCUUGCUCAUGCAUAAGUGUAUUUGCAAUACCAAAUAUACAGGUUUAGUAUUUUUGCCUGUUAGUGAUUGUUUCACAUGUGUAACGUUUUGGUUGAGAUGUUAAAUGGUGGACGAGUACUGUGGAUGUGAAUGUGGGAAGUAAUUUUAAUCAUGUGUAAUUGGUCACAAGGCCUAAUUUGCAGUAACUAUUGCUGUUUUAUUUAACAAUGCCUUGUUGCUUUGUAUGCAUUAACGUUCGGAUGUAAAGAUUGUGUGUCUAUCCAACAGGGAGCCACAGUAUUUAAAUUGACCAACCUAAUGUUACAACUACUUUGAGGUGGCCAAAUGUAAACUAAAAGCCUUAAUUAAAGUGGUGCAAUUUUGUAUAACUUAGCAUCAGUAGUUCAAUAAAUUUGGAUUGCCAUGCAAGGGCUUGCAUUAUAA